AUGUCAUCCAUCACUCAAAAUGUUUUGAGGUUAGCUUAUUGGGCAAGGUAUCGUCACAAGAUUAAGCAUCCGUUUCAAGUCUUCCAAGCACCUAAGCAGAUCGGUGAGAAGGGCAUUAACCUCAGUGGCGGACAGCGCACGCGUGUGGCCAUUGCCCGCGCGGUGUAUCAGGAUGCUGAUAUUUACCUACUGGAUGACAUUUUGUCGGCGGUCGAUAGCCAUGUGGGAGCUGAUAUCUUCAACGAGUGCAUCAAGAAGACCCUGAAGGACAAACUGGUGGUGCUCGUGACGCACUCGCUGAGCUUCGUCAACCAGUGCGAUGACAUCAUCGUAAUUGCCGACGGCAGAAUCGCAGAGCACGGGUCGUACAAUAAGCUAAUGGCAAAGAAAAGCUUGCUAACUCAGAUGGUAUCAAACUACGUAAAGAGCGAGAAGGAGGACAACGAUGAGAAAGCACCAGCAGCUAUACUUCGGGAGGACGAGUUGGUGGAGUUGAGUAAUGAGGAGACUUAUGCGACCCCAAGUCACCGGAAGUCGAGUGGUAGCCGUAUGCAGCGCCGCCUGUCUCGCGCAUCGUCCAGUAAAAGCGAUGACAGCCAGGCUAUUAUAGCAAAUGAUGGCCAGCUGAUGGUCAAAGAGGACCGUUCUGUGGGCAAUGUAUCGUGGUCAGUCUACGGUGUAUGGAUCAGGGCGUUUGGAGGCAUGUGUAUGGCCUUCGUGGUUGUGCUGGGCUUUUUUUCUGCUCAAUGUUUGACAUUGUUGGCAACGUUUUGGAUAUCGUACUGGUCGGAGGAGGCAUCUAAGUACCCGGACUCACAGAUGUACUAUGUGUACGUGUAUAUGCUGAUUAACGUGGCGUAUGCUAUGGUGCUGUUCGCUCGCGUAAUUCUUCUUUACGUGGGCUCUCUUCACGCCAGUCGCUUGCUCUUCAGUAAGCUGCUCACCCAAACAUUGCGUGCCCCGACGUCGUUCUUUGACACAACGCCACUGGGUCGCAUUGUGAAUCGCAUGUCGAAAGACAUAUACACACUGGACGAAUCCAUCCCCGGUACAAUCGUGGGUCUUCUCAGCACUAUUGCGUCUGUCGUGAUCACCCUAGUGACAAUUUCUUACGUUAUGCCAAUGUUCAUGAUCAUUCUGGCACCCGUUCUCGUUGGAUACUUCACUUCGCAGCGGUAUUUCAUCAAGACUUCUCGUGAGCUGCAGCGUCUUGAUUCUAUCAGUCGUUCUCCGCUUUUUGCAUUGUUGUCGGAAACCCUGGACGGUCUCUCAACGAUCCGUGCAUUUGGAGUGGAAAACAGUUUCAUCAUGCACAACUAUCAUCUUUUGGACACAAACCAACGCGCGUAUUUCUUAAACUUUUCAGUUAAUUGCUGGCUCGCACUACGUCUCGAGGUUGUUGGCAACUGUUUCUACAGUAAAUUCUAUACGAGAGAGUUUAAUCCCUUAUACGAAUAA